AUGAGGCUACAAAGAGAUUUUACUUUGCUAUCAUUCAAUGUCAGAGGACUAUCUGACCUAUCCAAGCGAAAAAUCCUAUGCCGGGAUCUGAAUGCAUAUGGUGCAACUAUCGGAUGCUUUCAAGAAACGAAGGUCAAAGGCGGGCUAGAUGAGAUACACAACGAGUAUCGAAUCAUUCUCCUUCCAUCAGAAUCACGUCAUUAUGGGCAGGGGAAUUCAAUUCACAAAUACUACCGUGUGAACGACCGCAUAUGUGUACUACAACUGAGACAAAAAACUUUGACCAACACGGAUCGAAUAAUCAGCAUUAUAAAUGUCUACGCCCCACAAAGUGGAAGACUGAAGAAGAACGUGGAUGAACUAGACUCUUUCUAUCACAUGCUAUCAAAGACCUACACGAGUAUAAAAACAUCCUUCCUUAUACUAAUUGCCGGUGAUUGGAAUGCUAAGGCAGGCAAAGGCCGUGGUGAAGAAGUGUUCAUGGGCAGACACGGACGGGGGAUAAGAAAUGCACCAGGUGAAAUGCUUGUGAACUUCUGCAGCAUAUUCAAGCUACUGCUAUGCAAUACGGUCUUUCCUCAUGCGGCACGUCAUAAAACCACGUGGACCGGGACUAGAAGAAACAAAAAUGGGGAGUACGUCAACAUCUAUAAUCAAAUCGAUUAUAUCAUCUGUAGACAAGAAGAAAAACAUCGAUUGCUGGAUGCCAGGUCAUAUGGCGGGGCACUUACACUGAGCGAUCACAAAGUCAUUGUGGCACGAUUGAGACUGAAAAGAAUUUUUGGAUCGCCUCUUUCAAAAGAAAAUGAAUCAAACCGAAUUAGAUACUCAGUGGAAAAACUGAUUACAUCAGAUGUUACCAAGGAAAAAUACUCCCAGGCAAUCAUCGAAAACCUAAAAGUAACAGAAACGAAACCACUCAAACCCAUUGAAUCCAAAUGUUGCCGAAAUGGCAACAAAACAAAAGCCAUCCAACUGAAAAUUGAAAACACCAACGACAAGGAGGCAAAGGAAAAACUCAAAAGAGAACGUAGGAAAAUAUCGAGAACAAUCAAGAAGGAAAAUCUUAAAUACGUGAAAGCUUUAUUAAACUCUCGAAUAUCAGAAGUUGAAGACUUAAAGGAUGGUGCGCAAAUGUACGCAGCCAUCAGACUACUACGCCGACGACAACAGAAAACAAAACUGGUUGUGCACGAUGAACAUGGGAAAACAAUUGGAAACCCAAUCGAAAUGGUAAAUACAAUCGCCGACCACUUCGAAAUACUAUUCAAUGGCAGGGCCGAUGCUCUCGAUGAGGGUGAAGAACGUUAUCUAAACAACAAAUAA